AUGGCUUACAUCGACCCCUCGGGGCCGAUUCUCGACUCGAUACUCUCGCACACCCCACCCUACGACUCGGACAUCCCAUUUACAGUCCUCGUAUCGAGUCGAGCAGUGAUUUUCGACGAGGAAAACAACUUGGUGGUCUCACCGGCGACCUUGACUCUCUCUCCCCAAACUGGAACCAUUAUCUCGAUUCUUCCCACCGUUCUCCCUGCCUCGAGUUUUCCUCCAAAUACGCAAUAUAUCGACCAUACACCCCACCUACUCCUACCAGGUCUGGUCGAUGCCCAUGUGCAUUUGAACGAGCCCGGAAGAACGGAAUGGGAGGGUUUCAAUACCGGGACAAAAGCUGCUGCUUCGGGUGGUGUAACCACGGUUAUUGAUAUGCCGUUAAAUGCCAUUCCUCCUACUACAACACUUCACGGAUUGAAGGAGAAGAUCAAGGCUGCGGAGGGACAAUGUUGGGUUGAUGUUGGGUUUUAUGGUGGGAUAAUCCCAGGUAAUUCUGCGGAGCUGUUACCGCUUGUGCAAGCGGGUGUUCGGGGGUUCAAGGGGUUUUUGAUUGAGAGUGGUGUCGAUGAAUUCCCCGCCGUCUCAGCAACAGACGUAGCACUAGCGAUGACCACCCUCUCCAAUACCCCCACAACCCUCAUGUUCCACGCUGAGAUGAUCCCACCCAUAACCGCCUCGGUGGGCGACGACGUUCAGACCUCUCUCCCGCCCCUCUCCCCCUCCGGUCCCCUAACAUCCUACUCCACAUUCCUAUCUUCCCGACCACCGGCUUUCGAGACAUACGCCAUCGAGGAAAUUCUCUCCCUAUCACACCUAGCGCCGGAUCUACAACUGCACAUCGUUCACUUGUCAGCUAUCGAAGCUAUUCCUUUACUGCGCGCGGCGCGAGAGAGAGGCGUGAAAAUCACAGCAGAAACAUGUUUCCACUACCUGGCUCUGGCAUCAGAGGAAGUGCAGGAUGGUGACACGAGACAUAAAUGCUGCCCCCCAAUCCGGAACUCAAUAAACCGCGACGGACUCUGGUCCGAACUAGCGAAACCAGAUUCAGUUCUCCAGACCAUCGUCUCGGACCACAGUCCCUGCACACCCGAACUGAAACUCCUGCCAGAGACCAUCAGCCGCUGUUGCGGUGAGGCAGGUGAGGUCAAGGGUGAGGUUAAGGGCGUUAACGGGGAGUUGAUAAGCGCAGCAGAAGCGGAGGAGAAAGAAAAGGGCGAUUUCUUCGCUUCGUGGGGCGGCAUCUCGUCCGUUGGGCUCGGGCUACCUAUCCUCUGGACAUCUUCUCUCUCCCGCCCCACCCCACUUAGCAUCCUCGACGUCGUGCGUCUCUGUGCCAUCAACACAGCGGCCCAGGUCGGACUCUCGCACCGCAAAGGCGCGCUGCGCCCGGGCAUGGACGCCGAUGUGUGUGUGUUUGACGACGCAGCUGAGUGGGUUGUCGGCAGGGAAAGCUUGCUGUUCAGGAAUAAAGUUAGUCCGUAUCAGGGCCGGCAGAUGCGGGGCGUGGUGCGCGAGACGUGGGUAAGGGGUACCAAGGUGUUUGAGAGGGGAAUGGGAAAUGGCGGAUUUGUUGGGAAGGGUGGAUUACCGACUGGACGGCUGCUUUUGGAAAGGAGGAAGCUUUAG